AUGCACUUCUCAGGCUUUACAAGCUUCCUUGUUGCGACAUUGGCUGCCUGCAGCGUAGCCUCCCCUGUUGACGUGGGCAAACGUGGAGAAAUCACCGUUGGCUUCCGCCGUGCUGAUAAGACCCAAGCCGAAAAAUACAACAAAGAGGGCCUCUACUUUGACCACGCUCAUGUAAUGUGGGGUGCCCAGAUUGGUAAAGGAGUGUACACCUCUCCUUCCCGUGAUGAGUAUGAGGCGCUGGCUGCUCCUGAUGCCUGGUACUGCGUCAUCAAAGCAGACCAAGCAGCCUUCGACAAAAUCCCCAAAGUCUGGAUCCCCGAAAAGAACCAACACAACCAGAGAAUGUGGAACCAGAAAGACGAGAAGCGAAUCGACGAAUACAUCGAAAGCCUUCACGAGAAUCCAUCGAGCUCUCUCCGUUUCUCGAUCAUGCCUCAUGGUAGAGAUCGCAGCCGUCAGCAAAUGCUGAUUGUCCCGGAUCUUGCUGAUAAGAAGCAUUUCACCAUCCACUGCUAUGAGAAGAAGGAGGAUGUUAAGGAGGGGCCUGUUCAUUACGAUAGCUGGCAUCCUAAGGGUGAGAAGGGGAACUAGGCUGGUAAUGAUUGUGGCUGGGUGUUUUGUAUGCUUGAUCUAGUGUUCCGAGUGUCUUCUGUGGUUGUCUGUUGUUAAAUGGUCCCCAAACAGACCCCAUCAUUUCCCUCAA